AUGGCGAUAGAAGACGCUCCGUUGGACGACAAAGCGAAAAGAAUGAGAGAUCUGCUGUCGAGCUUCUACGCUCCGGAUCCUUCAGUGGCUGCGGGCAGUCUGCCGAAAGGUGCUUCCCUGGACGCCAUCAACACGGAUUCGUUUGAUGCGGACCAGUACAUGAAUCUCCUGGUGCAAAGGGCUAACUUAGAAGGGCUUCUGCAAAAGCAUGUCGAAAUGGCUGCUGAAAUUAAGAACCUAGACACUGAUUUGCAAAUGUUAGUCUACGAGAAUUACAACAAGUUUAUCAGUGCCACUGAUGCAAUCAAGAGGAUGAAGAGCAACAUUGUGGGGAUGGAAGCAAACAUGGAGCAGCUCCUUGACAAGAUCAUGUCAGUGCAAUCUAGAAGUGAUGGAGUGAACAAUUCUCUUUUCGGAAAGAGAGAGCAUAUAGAGAAAUUGCACCGCACUCGUAAUCUUCUUCGUAAAGUCCAGUUCAUAUAUGAUCUACCUGCUAGGCUUGGGAAGUGUAUUAAAGCAGAGGCCUACGCUGAUGCAGUCAGGUUCUACACUGGAGCCAUGCCAAUAUUUAAGGCAUAUGGGGAAUCUUCUUUCCAGGACUGUAAGCGAGCAUCCGAAGAAGCUGUUGUGACUAUUACCAAAAACUUACAGGGAAAGCUAUUCUCAGAUUCUGAAUCCAUACAGACGAGGGCUGAAGCAGCAGUUCUAUUGAAACAGUUGGAUUUUCCGGUGGAUGGUUUGAAGGUGAGACUAUUUGAAAAGCUGGAACAAUCUCUGGGGGGUCUUCAGGUUAAGAUUUGGGACAUAGCUGAUGCAUUGGAAGAGUCCAAUGAUGAACAAGAGAAUGAUCUGCAGCUGGGUUUUGCUGUAGCACAUGAUGCUUCUGUUCACGAGUUUGUGGAGAGUGUUCGAGCAUAUCGCGUUAUAUUUCCUGACUCAGAAUCUCAACUGAUUAAACUUUCUGAGGACUUGAUUACCAAGCACUUUCUAAUAACUGAGCAACACAUGAAGAAAAGAGUUUCAACUGCAACUUUUCUACGUGUUCUUCGAAUUAUAUGGGACGAUGUCCUUCUGAUUGAUCAAGUACUGCCCGAGGCUUUGCUCCAUGACUACUGUUUUAAGGUGUCCCAAAGUGCUAUCAAACAGUAUGUUUCAAGCAUGUUUUCUCAUCUUCUCGACGAUGUCUCAGGUGCUAUGAUGAAAGUCCAUCCCCAACAAAACAAUGUGGUAGAAGAACAGUUACAGGUUGCUUUGGAAGCUGGGAAAAAUUCAUUACUCAAGGGAAGCAUGGACCUUUUACUGGGCUUCCGUCAACUUCUAGAGGACAACUUAGAUCUGCUAGUCAAACUAAGGGAGCUGAUAACUGAUUGGGUUCAAGCAGGGUUCCAACAGUUCUUUGAGGCAUUGGAUACUCGUUUUCUUUUGCUUUCGGGAAGAAUUAAGUCAAGUCCUCAAGAUCAAAGUCUGAGUGAGGGGUUGCAGUCUGAAAAAAUUUCUUCCGGUCUUGUCCUGGUUUUGGCUCAGCUCUGUGUUUUUGUCGAACAAACUGCAAUUCCAAGAAUUACUGAGGAAAUUGCUGCUUCUUUCUCUAGUAGUGGAGCUCGGGGGUAUGAACAUCGACCUGUCUUUCAUCCCGCUGAAAUAAGUCGAGUGUUUCAAUCAGCCAGCGAGAAGUUUCUGCACCAGUAUAUAAAUAUGAGGACACAUAGAAUAUCAGUGCUUUUAAGGAAAAGGUUCACAACUCCAAACUGGAUCAAGCACAAGGAGCCACGAGAAGUUCACAUGUUCGUUGAUCUAUUCCUGCAAGAGUUGGAAGCAGUAGGGAGUGAGGUUAAGCAGAUUCUAUCUCAAGGAGUAAGGAAGCAUCGUCGAUCUGAAAGCAACGGAAGUACUACUUCCUCUCUAAGUAAUUCAUUACGAGACGAUAAACUGCGACGUUCAAAUACACAACGAGCCAGGAGCCAGCUUUUGGAAACCCACCUAGCAAAAUUGUUUAAGCAGAAAGUUGAAAUCUUCACGAAAGUCGAGUUUACACGGGAGUCAGUUGUGACUACCAUUAUAAAACUGGGUCUCAAGAGCUUGCAAGAAUUCGUUCGCCUCCAGACUCUAAACCGAAGUGGAUUUCAGCAAAUUCAGUUGGACAUCCAGUUCCUAAGGACUCCUCUAAAAGAGCUAGCUGAAGACGAAGCUGCCAUCGACUUCUUGCUUGAUGAGGUAAUCGUUGGUGCUUCAGAUCGUUGCCUUGACCCAACUCCAUUAGAGCCACCGAUCCUGGACAAACUGAUACAUGCAAAGACUGCCGAAACCAAGGAGCAAAAUUCCAGUGUAGCUUCACCAACGAGCCAAUAA